CCACGCAAAUUCAUAUCAAAGAACACCCAUUCAAUCUGUGCGAUCGAUCAAAUUUCUAUUUUAUCACUUACAACCUAGGUAACUUGUAAGAUUCCUCACCCGCUCUUUUCAAAUUCUGCGUUUCCUCCACGCAAUUUCAUAUAGAAAAAAAACCCACUCAAUCUAUGCAAUACAUCAUAUCUUGUCUCAUCACUUACUUAACCUAGUUCCUCGCUUCUGAAAAUUCUUGGCGUUUCACCUCGCAGAACACUGAGCCUGCUUUCUUGCGUUCAUCGCCUUCACUUCCAUCCGAUUCUAUGGCGUCUACUUCUAUAGCAGGUCAUAAACGAAAGAAUGAGGAUGAUGAUAAUAUGGGUGCUUUUCAUGAACUCGCACCAUCUGCAUCUACUUGUGCCUCAUCACUCCUGCAAAAGCCCUGCUACGAUGUGUUCAUCAAUCAUCGUGGACCAGAUGUCAAAGACACACUAGCUAGCAGUAUCUAUAAUAUCCUUUAGGAGAUAGAGGUGACAGCUUUUUUAGAUUCAGAGGAGUCAGAGUAUGGCGAUUUCUUGCCUGCAACCUUAGAAGCAGCAAUGCGUAAUGCUUCGGUUCAUAUAGCAAUUUUUUCUGAGAAUUAUGCAAACUCACCUUGGUGUUUAGCAGAGCUCUCAUUUAUGCUUAAAACUGGGGCCAAAAUUAUUCCUGUAUUCUACUAUGUAGAGCCUACAGAUCUCAGAUAUGUACCUCAAGGGAAGGGAAUCUAUGUUGAUGCUUUUGAGGAGUAUGAUAUGAAGGGUAGGUGCAGCCCAGAAAAGCUUCAAGAGUGGAAAUUGGCACUGAACAAUGUCUCCUUUUACGUUGGGCAAAUCAUUAAAAAUAAUGAAGAUGAAAGGAGGUUUCUGAAGAAUAUUGUGAAUAUUGUAUUAAAAGAAAUAAACAAAGCGCCAUUGGUGGUUGCAAACCAUCCAGUCGGUCUCGAAGAAACACUACUAGACUUUGAGAUGAAUACACUCCAAUCUGGCCAUGGUGAUCGGGCUGUACAAAUUGUGGGAAUUUGGGGCAUGGGUGGCUCUGGCAAAACCACACUUGCCAAACAUUUUUACAACAAAAAGUCUUCAUCCAUGGAGAGGUGCAGUUUUAUUUUUGAUGUUAGAGAUAGUGCAACCAAAGGCAUGUUGCAGAACAAACAGAUUCAACUCCUCAAAGACCUUGGCGUCAAAAAAGAUCUAACAUUUGACAGCAUAGAGCAAGGUAAGGCAUUUCUUAAAAAGCAUUUGACAUCUGCCAGAGUGCUCAUUGUUCUAGAUGAUGUGGAUCAUGCAGACCAGCUAGAUGCUCUGUUGCCUGUAAAAGACAACCUUCUAUGGGGUGGUAGUCUUAUCAUUGUUGCAACACGUGACAAUGAAGCCCUUAGAUCUAAGGGCAUAUGCUCUGUGUAUAAAAUGAGAGCACUUGAUCAUUUGUAUGCAAAUCAGCUUUUUUGUUGGCACGCUUUCUCAAAAUCUAUUCCUUUCAUUGGAUUUGAAAAGCUUGUUGAAAGGUUUGUAGAGGUUUCCAGUGGAUUACCCCUGUCUCUCAAGGUAUUUGGAGCACAGUUAUAUGGACAGUUCUGCAAAGUAUAUUGGGAGUCUCUAUUGGAUAAGCUAUCGAGAAUAUUGCCUAAUGAUAUUAAGGAGAAACUCAAAUUAAGUUAUGAUGCCCUUGAUUACGAAGAGAAAGAGAUGUUUCUUGAUACUGCUUGUUUCUUUAUAGGAGAAGAGAACUGUUUGGCAAUUGAAGUAUGGAACGGAACAGAUUGGAGUGGUCUACAUGGCUGGGAAAAACUUUUUAAUAAAUGUUUGGUUGAACUUGAUGAGAAUAAUCGCAUAAAAAUGCAUGAUCACUUGAGAGAUUUAGGAAGGGAAAUUGCAAUUCAGCAUUCUCCUUACCGGCUUUGGUUACCGCAACAGAUUAUUAACGCCGAGAAACAGACAGAGAAAAGAAAUGACAUUCGAGGAAUUAUGGCUGUCUCAAGCGAAAUAAAAACUUGGAAUUUCCAUGAGCACGGAAUGUCCUUCCCCAUAAUGAGCCGUUCCAGCAGGGUCAGCUCAGACGAGCAACUCAUGGGAAAUCCUAUUGGAGGAAAUUUGUCACUUGCGCCCUCUUUACUUGGACCAAAGAUUUUUGUGAUUAGACGAGAUUAUUUUAAUAAAACAUUGGGUGAAGUAGCAGAAGGGCUGGUCUGGCUUCGCUGGUUCCAAAUUACGCAGAGAAAUCUCCCCUCAGGGUUUUCAUUGAAAAGAUUGAGGGUUUUAGAAUUAUACGAAGACGGAGAGGAACAUCACUUACAAGGGCUCUGGGAGGUUGACAGCGAUGCUCCUGUGCAGCUAACAGAGUUAGUCAUUUCAGGAUGCGUCAAAUUCCAAAGAAUUCCAAACUCAAUAGGACGUCUCAGUGUAUUGAAAAAGAUAGUAAUCACAAGUGGUUUCAAUAUUCGAAGCCUGCCUGAAGAAUUUUGCCGUCUUCAAUCAUUGGAGCACCUGCAAUUACAAUACUGUAAAGAGCUAUCAUCACUACCCAUUAGUUUUGGCAACUUGAGAAAUCUGCGAUUUCUAGAUUUGAGAUGGUGCACGCAAUUGAGGAUGUUGCCGGUUUCUUUUAAGAAACUGACUCUCCUGCAAUAUCUCGAUUUAUCUUUGUGUGAAGAACUCAUACUUAGGCCAGAGGAUUUCCAAAACAUCACAAAGCUGGAACAAUUGGAUCUAUUUUGUUGCAAGCGAGUGGAGCAUUUGCCUUCUCAUAUCACAAAUCAGGCGUCCUUGAGAGAGCUCUUUUUGAAGAGGACAGACAGGUUAAGGAAGCUGCCAAUUAACAUCGGUCAACUUAGCAGACUGCAAAAGAUGACCAUACAGAGUGAGUUGUUGACAGGCUUGCCCACCUCUUUGGGAGAUUUGUCCUCCUUGACAAAUCUUUCAAUAUUUUACUCUCCCAACCUCGAAUAUUUCCCAUCUUUUCGAAAUUUGUCGUCCUUAACAAGUCUUUCAAUUUGCAGUUGUCCCAAACUAGAAUAUUUGCCCACCUCCCUUGGAGGAUCCUCCUUGACGAAUCUUGUAAUUCGUGAAUGUCCCAAACUAAAAUUUUUGCCAGACUCUCUUGGAGAUUUGUCCUCCUUAACUGAAAUUAUAAUUAUUCAUUGUAAAAGCCUGAAAUAUAUACCGGACUCUGUGGAGCGUCUCAAUCUCUUAGAGCAUUUAACAAUACAGGUGUGCCCAGUUAAAUGUUUACCUUUUGCAUUGAGGAAUCUUAAGCAGAUUACUCUGCAUGAUACAGAAGUUUGCAGGAUUUCAAUCUCUGAAGACCGUUAUCCGCGCCUCCAGAGUCUCUCUCUUUCUUCUAUGGAUCAUUUAAGGGAGAUCGAAGCACUGCCAACGACAAUCAAGUCAAUAGAAUUGAAAUACUGUAAAAUAUUGAAGAAGAUAAGGGCUACUUGUGAUCUGGUAAACCUUGAACGCCUCAAAAUAGUGUCAUGUCCAGAGUUGGAUGAGCUUCCCAGCUUUGAACAUUCCACUUCUCUCAGAGAAUUUGAACUACGAGGUGGUUGCUACCGAAUUCAGGAAAUUGAAGGUUUGGAAUAUUGCACGAGAUUGGAAAGCUUGCGGGUAGAGACCUGUUGGGAUGUGCCUGUUAUAGAAAGUUUGGAGCAAAUGGACAAAUUGAGGAGGGUGGAAAUUAGAGCAAACAAGGGAUCAGCUAUUGAACGUUGCAUUCAAACAAUUAAGAAAUGGCCAGGUGAAAUAAAAGUAUGUACUCGCGCAGUCCCUGAUGCGUCUUCACUUGUGCCUUCUUUGCUCUUUCCGAAUCUGGUGGUCUUUGACUCCUUCUCUAACCACAAAAUUCAGUCCAGGUCAAAAUUUGUGCGCGUCCAUUCCUCUAAUGGCGAUGCAAUCAUGAUCUGUUGUGUUAUAAAUUGUGUUUCUUCACAAAUGCAACUGCAAUUAUCACCCCGUUGUCCUGGAGGACGUAAAUUCUUCGAAUAUCCACCCAAGGUUGGGAAAGAUAGAUGGAUAUUGUUAGCUGGUUUCACACUGCAGAGCGGGUAUUAUGACUGGCAAACUGCCGAGGAGAUCGAAAUAGAAGCAAACAGAGAGGAAGUCGAAAUAGAAGAUAGAGGAAAAGAGGACGAAAUAGAGACAUGUUUGGUUGUGAGGGUGGAAGAGCAAAGACUAGAGGAGGCAUUUCACAGCUUAUUGCCACUUUUACAAAGCUGAUAUAGUUGACAUAGUCGCUCAAUCAGAAGUAAUAUUUUUCCUUGGGAAGAACGUGCUAGCAAUUGUUAAAAAACUUGGAGAUAAAAUUGGCUUGAUCAAGGUAGGAGAUAAUAAGGCUGAACAUAAGAUAGACUUCAAUGUGGAUGACAUAAGUUAUAACUCUGUCAGCAGAGUCCAGCUCCGGAGAGCUGCUAGGAAAAUGUAAUGCUUUAUGAUGUUUAAUAUAAUUUCUG